AUGAGUCGCUUGAAGAGGGCUAUCUAUAUGAAAACCCAUAACGGAGCGAGGAACGUGUACCUAGCACAGCUGGGCAACCUCGUGUGGGGGACUUGCUUCCUAUUCAUCAUCAUGAUCGUCUUGAGGCUCAUAUACAAUAGAUACGGUCAUUUAAAAAUUUCCUUGUUUGCUGUAAUACCCAUAAAAAGCGAAAAGGUUAUAGCAACUUACGAGCAGUAA